AUGAAUAUCGAUGCUCUCUGUAAAGUGUACUCCACAGAGUACAAUUCUUCAAUUAGCUUUUCAAACAAUCAAGUGCUGUUUAGCAAUACUGAUGGAACCUCAUGUAGGUUUGUCGAAAUACUGGAUGCGGAAAUAACGAACCUGCAACUGUUUGAAAAACACCUCAGACCUCUUGUUAAAGCAUUUCUUGCUGGUUACAAUGCAUGUAUAAUGUGUUAUGGUGAGAUCAAGUCUGAAAUUUAUAUGCUUUUAAAUGGAUUCCGAGCUGAUAAGUGUGGCAUUUUGAAUCUGACGGUUACGGAAAUACUUCGGAGCAUAUCUCAUGGUGACAUCAGCUUAGAUUCCUUGAAAGAUGUCUUAUCAUUUCAUUCUUUUGUCCUUCAAAAUGACGGAUUUUCGGACUUGCUGAAGGAAUCAGGAUCUAAAAGUGAUAAUUUGCGGGUGACCUUUACGAUCAACGAAGGAUACCGACUUGAACCGAUUAAAGAGAUCCGUAUAGAUUCGUUUAGUGAAGCUAUGAAUGUUUGCGAACAAGCAUCGCGAAACUACUUUGGUGGAGUUAGCAAAAUCAAUCAGGAAUCAAACCACGAACCAGGAGUUUUCAUUUUUCGAGUCAAAUUGAACGGAGCAAGUUUGAAUGAAAGACGAAUAAUAUUUAAGAGUAAAUUUACUAUAGUAUGUUGCACUGGCUUUGAGAAAAUUCACCCGUCUAUGAAAAAUGAAAUUGAGUUUGGGAAUCAUACGUCACUGAAUCUAUUAUCACUGUAUAACCUCUCUUUCCAAUUGGCAUCUGGCAAGCCUGGUAUUCGUAAGCUUCCGAACUACAGUGUUUCGAAUUUAACAAAAUUACUGUAUGAUGAAAUCGGUGGGAAUUGUUACACUAGAGUCAUUCUUUGUUUAUCAGCUAAUCCUGAGCCAGGGAUAUAUUCUCUUCUGUUAAGAUUUACUGCACAACUUACAAAUAUUACAAAUUCACCGGUUAUGAAUGAUGAAUGUGCCUUGCUGUUGGCUGAAAGAGCAAGAGAAACUCAAAGUAUGCUGGAACAAGUUAUUGAUGAACACAAAACUGGGACUACUUUGAAUACAGCCGAUAAUCUACAGAAUACAGAUUCAUCUUUGCUAAAACUAAGAGAACAUAUUCAAGAACUGUCUCAAAAUCUUGGAAAAACUCAUGAGGAAUUAUCACAUGCUACUGAUGAGCGGGUGAAGUUAUCUAAAGCAUGGCUUUUAAGUGAAGAAGAUAGAAUUGAUGCUAAUGAAAAAUUAGCGAAGACAGAAUUAGAAUUACAAGAAAUUACUUUAAAAAAUAAACAACUUCAACUGAUAUGUGAGAAAGCGACAGAAGCUGCAAAACAUUCAGUAGAAUUGCAAAGAUCCAAUGAUAUGCUAAACAAUUAUUGUACAGAAUUAAAAAAGAAGCUAGGUGAUUUACAUGAAGAAUUAAAUAGAAUGUCUAUACGAAAUGAAGAACUGAGUCGUGAAUUACUACAUCAGACAGCUGAACAAAAAUGUGUAUUAACAUUUUUGGCAAAUAAAAAUACAGAAAUGAAGACAAAAGAAUUGCCCAGAUUUGAGAAAGAAUUGGAUCGUGUUGAAUUUAUGCUUGGUACAACAGCGUAUCAUAAGAAAAAUGCAAAAACUAAUUCGAUUCCUGAAACAUCAGGAUACAAAACUAACACAUUCAAUACGAAUACUGAGUCUAAAAAUCAACGAUCGUCAGAGAAUAAACGGACCAAUCUAAAAGACAAGAAAAUCCUUCAUUAUGCUGAAAAACAAGUAAAAUUGGAUUUAAUCAUGAAAGAACGUGAUCAACUACAAAUAGAAUUAACAAAUACGAAUCGAAAAUUGGCCCGAUUCUUAGAUCAUUUUAAAGCUCGUUUAAUUUAUCAUAUAAAUGGAAUAACUCGUUUAGUAGAUGCUACAAAAUCCAAUGAUCAAUUAAUUGUCAGUGAAGGUCUAUAUGGUUUAGAAAAAUAUCUUAAACAUUUAAUAGCUGAUAUGAAUGCAACUUAUAAAAUACGUGAAAAUCAACUAGUCAACAUUUGCCGUUCACUUAAUGGUCAGUUGAAUGCAACACGUGAAGCAAUGCGGAAAGUGAUGAUUUGUUAUACUAAACUAAGAACACAAGCAAUCCAACCAAAUGCAUGCAUUAAUGAUCCAGGACCUACACCACAAGAAUUAAUCGAUGAAUUAAGUUGGUCAGGUAGAAGAAAUGAAGAUUAUUUAUUGAAUUUAAACGCUUCCAUAAUGGCUGAAAGUACACAGCCUGUUAAAAAUCGAUCGAGGCGACUUACAACAAUGAAUGUUUCAGAGAGAAUUUAAAUUAAACUGUGAAUGGUAAUAAAGAAAACAACUACAUUUUGAAACGUUUAAUACAUUUUGAUUGAAACAAUUGAAAUGAACUGAGUAUCUAACUGAAAUAAUAAUAAAUAAAUUUAAAUUUAUUGAUUUUAUUUUUUAAGCUUAGAAAUAUAAAGGUAUUAAGUAAUUAA